UUAGUAUUUGUGUUGGUGUGUGUCAAACUAUUUGCUAGCCUCAGCUGUACGUACGAAAAAUAACUUUCGUCCAAAAGAAAAAGAAAAUAAAAAAAAAAAAAUGUUAAAACUUAUUCAAUUUCAAUUUUACUCCUAAAUACACAACCACACAAAUCUAAAUAAAAUAGAACUUUUAUUCAAAUGACAAAUAAUUUUAACUAAACAAAAUAAAUCACCCAAAUGUCGGCCAGCAUGUUUUUUCUUAAAACAAAAAAAAGAAACUUCACUUCGCGUCCGCACCCAGUAAACAAUUAAAAAUAAAAAUAAAACAGAAAAAAUGUGAUAAAAUUAAAAGAAUACAAAACAAAAUAUAAUUUAAAACAAAAUAUAAAUAUAAAAGAUUAUAAUAAUCUACUACGUCCUCACAAAAUCAAAUUGCAUUGAAAUAAAAGCAAAAAAAGAAAAAGAAUUUUUUUCAAUCUCGUCGUCGACAAGAAUUUUGUUGCAAUUUUUGCACCAACAGCACAUCAAUGCUAGACGGAAUGAAAUUCCAUUCGAAAAUGAUGUGCUGCGAGUACUCCUCCACGGGCACCUUCAAUGUCAAAUAUCGCCGAAAAGUCUUCAUCAUCACUUUCAUCCAAAUGCUGGCGAUUUGGAUGUCAGUGGUGCAGACAAUUGACGCCUUCAAUUGCACCUCAGACGAGAGUUGUAAGAAUGGGGGCAUUUGCAGGAAUAAUGCGUGCAUUUGUCCCGACGGAUGGCAGGGAUCCGAUUGUCAGUUUUGUGGUGGCAAAGUGAGACUAACUGAACCGGAAGGUGUUAUACACGAUGGAUUUGGCAACUAUUCGGUUAGCGUUAAAUGCAGUUGGCUUAUAGAUGCCCGCCAUACCAACUGGAGUAAUCGCUAUCCUGGUGGGAAUAAGAAGCCCGCUAAAAUUCGAUUGCAUUUGGAAGAAUUUGCAACCGAAUGUGGUUGGGAUCAUUUGUAUAUAUACGAUGGAGAUAGUGUUGAAUCUCCAUUGUUAGCUGUUUACAGUGGACUUAUGUACAGAAAGAACUUUUCAAUAAGAAAAGUUCCCGAAAUAGUUGCUCAAUCGGGUUCAGCAUUGUUGCACUUUUUUAGUGAUGAUGCUUAUAAUAUGUCCGGCUUUAAUAUUUCAUACAAAGUCAAUGGUUGUCCUACAAAUAAUUCAAGCUUGGACUGUUCUGGACAUGGUAAAUGUCGAUCAACAGAUGCUACCUGCAUUUGUGAUGCUUUAUACACGGGUGAAGCAUGUAAUAUUCACACGUGUGCAAAUGGCUGCUCCUUCCAUUUGAAACAAGGGGAAUGUAAGAAAUCAGAAGGACGUUGUGAAUGUUAUUCCGGAUUUACCGGAUACGACUGCAGUCAGAUAAGUGCACUUGGAGUCUGGACUGCUGUAUCUGCUCAAUAUUCUCCACCACCACCAGGCAGUGCUUCCCAUGGAGCAGCCGUAUGGCGUGACACUCUUCACAUUAUCGGUGGCGAAAGCUACGAUCGCGGCGAGCUUCUAAACAUGUACGAUUUCAAUGGCAAUGUUUGGGAAGCCGUCCAUAUUGAAGGAGGCAGCAGUGUGCCUGAAAUCCGUUACGGAGUCUCGACAGUAAUGUACGGCGAUAAGAUUUUCAUGUAUGGCGGAGUGAUACGACACAAGGGGAUAUGUGGAGAGCUUUGGGCGUUCGAUGUUAGCGCCAAAACUUGGGAGAAUAUUACAGUCAAAGCAGAACCCUGCAAUGAGACUAGCUUUACAAUGUGUGGGCCGCUUAGAGUGGUCGGUCACACAGCAACACUGGUGCCUGGAUUCGGUGACAAGAGCACCUACCAGUAUAUGGUUGUUAUAUUUGGCCAUUCGCCUCAGUACGGUUAUUUGAAUACCGUUCAGGAGUAUAAUUUUGGGUCACGCGAAUGGCGAAUUGUCGAGACUAAUGGUUAUGUGGUAAAGGGGGGUUAUGGGCAUAGUGCAGCGUAUGACAUGCUCACGGAAAAAAUAUACGUUUACGGAGGUAUUGUUUCGGAGAGUGAGAACAGCCAAGUGCUGAGCAGUAAAUUGUACGCCUAUGAGCCCUCAACUCGAACAUGGACGCUUCUGACGUCCGCCCUAAGCUCGAGGCUGCUUCAUACAGCAGAUUUUGUAACUCCCGGCUUGAUGUUAGUCUUCGGAGGCAACACCCAUAAUGACACCUCUCAGAGCUAUGGCGCCAAAUGCUAUAGCAAGGAUCUUAUGGUGUACGACGUUUUCUGUGAUUCUUGGCAUUAUCAAGAAAUACCAUCCGACCUGGUCUCAGAUCUGGCACGCUUUGGCCAUAGCUCGGUAGUUUUUGAAGAUUCGCUUUACAUUUACGGCGGAUUUGAUGGUCAGCUGUUGUCAGACAUGCUGAAGUAUACACCGGGGAACUGCAAUUACUUUACAAAGCAAGAGAAGUGCCUGAACUCACGACCGGGAGUCAAAUGCAUCUGGGAUGUACAGAAAUCCCGCUGCAUUUCAAUUGACAAAGUACAGAAGGCGUCGAUUUUUGGUCGCGAACAGUACGACUAUAUUCCUUGUCCAGUUAAGAGUCGCCUCACAAUGACCUCUGAGUUGUUGCACGAUGUAAGUCGUUGCCAUGAACUGAAUAACUGUGAAUCGUGUCUAUCCAACAGUUUUGGUUGCAUCUACUGUGGCAACGGUUCAUGCUCCAAAGACAAAUGUCGUGAUGUAUUCUACGAUGGUCGUUCGAUAGCGAUAAAACGUCUCGAUGAGUGUCCCAAGGAAAUUGGAACAGAAUGUGAACAUUUGCAUUGUUGUUAUGCUUGCUCGGCAAAUCCCAGUUGCAUUUGGGAAAUGGAACACAAUCGUUGUCGUCCAUUCAUAGGUAAUCGUACAAUUGAUUCAGCGGACAUACAAUGUCCUCCGCCAUGUGCAAAUCUGACCAGCUGUGCCAAUUGCACCGAAGAGGAAUGCAUUUGGUGUCAGAAUGAACAGCGAUGUGUCGACAGGAAUGCCUACACUGCCAGUUUUCCCUAUGGCCAAUGUAGGGAAUGGACGACCCACCCGUCCAAAUGUCGCCCGGAAGUGUCGGGCUCACAAUGUGGUUUCUAUAAGACUUGCAAUCAGUGCAGGGAUGAUCCCGCUUGCGGUUGGUGCGACGAUGGAUCCAACACGGGCUUGGGUGAGUGCCUUCCGGGAGGGGCAAGUGGCCCUCAAGACGUGAUGGAAUGUUCAGCCACACAGUGGUACUUUACUUCCUGUCCGGAUUGUCAAUGCAAUGGACACAGUGUUUGUCUGGACAAGUACACUUGUGAUCAGCCCUGCUCCAAUCUCACAAUGGGACGUAAUUGCGAAAAAUGCAAAUCAGGUUUCUGGGGAAAUCCAGUUAAUGGCGGAGCAUGCCAAAAAUGUGAAUGCAACAAUCAAGGCAGUCUAUGUAAUUCGGAUUCGGGAAAAUGUUUCUGUCAGACAAAGGGAAUUGUUGGUGACCACUGCGAAAAGUGUGACAGUCAGAACCACUAUCAUGGUGAUCCACUUAAAUCUUCCUGCUACUACGACCUCACCAUUGACUACCAAUUUACCUUUAAUUUGUCCAAAAAAGAGGAUCGUCAUUUUACACAGAUUAACUUCCGCAACUCACCGGGCAAACCAGACAUUGACGCUGACUUUACAAUAACAUGCAGCGUUGCAGCCAAGAUGAAUAUAACAGUUCGCAAAGCAGGAACAAAUGAAAAGUAUGCAUUUACUGGUAUCAAUUGUUCGACAUUCCGACAUCGUUUCCCAAAGACCGAAUAUCAUUUUGGUGCAAAUAGCGAAGACAAUACAACUCUGACGACGUUCUACGUUUACGUGUACGACUUUCAACCACCGAUUUGGAUUCAAAUCGCCUUCUCGCAAUAUCCAAAGUUAAAUUUGCAACAGUUUUUCAUAACCUUUUCGACUUGUUUCCUGAUGCUGCUCCUGAUGGCGGCGAUAUUAUGGAAGAUAAAACAGAAAUACGAUAUGUUCCGAAGGCGACAACGGCUGUUUGUUGAAAUGGAACAAAUGGCAUCUAGGCCAUUUUCUCAGGUUCUGGUUGAAAUUGAGAAUAGGGAACACAUAGAUUUGACGCAAACAAUUGAAAGUAUAUCGACUGCUUCAAGGAAACGCAAAAAGGAUUGUCCAAGUCCUAUAGCUUUAGAACCUUGUAAUGGAAACCGUGCUGCAGUUUUAUCUCUUCUAGUCCGAUUACCAACAGGUGGCCUACAGCAUGCACCACCUGGUCAAGCGGCUGGUUUAGCUGUAGCAAGUGCAUUAGUUACUCUUGGCAACCCCAGGAGGCCAUCAUUGGAACAUCAAAAAGAACCCAAAACAAAACGAAAACAAAGCCAGCAUCCAGAUAGUUGUACAUAAUAUAAUUUGUAAAUAAAUAAUAACUGUAAUAUUAUUUACAAAUCUUAAAAAAAAAAACACACACUGUUUAAACAUAAAAAAAACGACAUUAUUAUUAAAUAUUUAACAAUACAGGAUUAAAAGCAAAUAUAAUUAUAAGAUAAAAAUUCACUUAUUAAAAUUAAAUAAAAACAAAAAAAAAAGACA